AUGUCAGAAAAGAUAGAUGAUAAUGAAAUUUCAAAUAAAUCUGUUAUAUAUAGUAUUACUAGAAAUGCAUUAACACAGAAAGAAUUUGAUGAAACUUUUAAAUAUACAGAUGAUGAUAAUAAAUCAUUUAAAAAAAAGGUAAAAAAUUUUGUUUUAAAAAUACUAAAAAAGAAUUAUUUUUCAAAUGAAUGUUUUAUGAAUUGGAUUCCGAUUAUUCGUUGGAUUAAAGAUUAUAAUAUAAAAUGGAUAAGUAAUGAUAUAUUUGCUGGAAUAACUGUUGCUAUAAUGAAUGUACCACAAUCAAUGGCAUAUGCUCAACUUGCUAGAUUACCUCCUGUUAUUGGAUUAUAUACAUCAUUUUUACCAACAUUAAUAUAUUCUAUAUUUGGUACAUCAAAACAUAUUUCUCUUGGAAUGUUUGCUGUUGUAGCAUUAAUGGUUGGAACAGCACAACAAAAUUAUUAUGUUAGUAAUAAUCUUUCUUCUGAAAAUAUAUCACAAAUUACAAGUGGUGAAUUAAAUCCAACAUCAUUAAACUUAUUAACACCUAUAGAAAUUACUGUAACAAUUACAUUUUUAUGUGGUCUAUCAAUGUUAAUAAUGUCAAUUUUUCAACUUCAUAUAUUAACAACAUUUCUAAGUGAUGAAUUGGUGGGUGGAUUUACAACUGGUGCUGCAUGUCAUGUUUUUUUAUCACAAUUUCCAAAAUUAUUUGAUAUACAUGUUAAAUCAUAUAGUGGAUUAUUCAAAUUAUUCAAAAUAACUGUAAAUUUUUUUUCAAAUAUUAGUGAGAUAAAUUUUGCUGCACUUAUUACAUCAGUAAUAUGCUUAAUUGUAUUAUAUGUUGGAAAAGAAUAUAUUAAUCCAUAUAUUAAAAAAAAAAUAUCAUUUCCAAUUCCAUUUGAAUUAUUUGUGGUAAUUUUUACAACAUUAAUUUCAUAUUUCAUAGAAUUUAAUAAAAAAUAUCAUGUAAAUAUUGUAUCAAAAAUUCCAACAGGAUUUCCAUCACCAUCACCACCUUCAUUUUGGGCUUUUUCAUCAUUAAUAGUUGAUUCUAUGACUAUUGCAAUUGUUAUAUAUGCUAUAACAUUUUCCUGUGGAAAAAUUUUUGCUAAAAAACAUAACUAUAGGAUAGAUGCAAAACAAGAAUUACGUACAUUAGCAAUAGUAGAAAUUAUGGCUUCAUUUUUUAGUUGUCAUCCUGCAUCUGGAUCAUUAUCAAGAUCAACAAUUAAUAGUCAAAUGGGAUGUAAUUCACAGUUAAGUUCAAUAAUUUCUGCUUCAGGAAUUCUUUUGGUUAUUUUAUGGAUAGGACCAUUAUUAGAACCAUUGCCUUUAUGUGUUUUAUCAUGUAUUAUUGUAAUAGCAUUACAAACAAUGCUUAAACAAUUUACAGAAGUUCCAAAUCUUUUUAGAAAAUCAAUUGUAGAUUUUUCUAUUUGGAUUGUAACAUUUUUAUCUGUUUUUGUAUGGGAUGUUUCACAGGGCCUUUUAAUUGGAAUAGCUUUUGCAUUAUUCACAGUUAUAUUUAGAAUACAAUGGCCAAAAACAGUUUUAGUAGCAAAAAUUGGAAAUACAGAUAUUUAUAAAGAUGUUAGUCGUUAUAAAUCAAGCAAUGAAAUACCUAAUAUACUUAUAUAUCGUUUUGAUGCUCCUUUAAUAUUUUUAAAUUGUGAAAAUUUUAAAAAAAAAAUUACAAAUCUUUUAAAUAAUACAUAUUAUAUGAAAGACAAUGAUGUUGAAAUUAACAAUUCUACCAAUGGAAAAAAUAAGAAAUAUUUGAUUGUAGAUUGUACAGGAAUAACUUCGAUUGAUUAUAUGGGUGUAAAAUAUUUGGAAGAACUUUAUUUUGAAUUAAAAAAAUUAGAAAUAAAUUUAUUACUUGCUGGAUGUAAAUUUCCAUUAAGACAAAUGUUUGAAAUAUGUGAAGUUUAUACAAUAAUAUCAAAAGAUUAUUUUUUUCCAUCAAUUCACGAUGCUGUACUAAAAGUUAUUUAUAAAAAUGUUCAAUAUAUUCCUAGAAGUCAAGUUCAGUAUCGAACAAUUAAUUGUAAUAGAAACUGUAAUAAUAAUAAUAAUCAAAAUAGAUUUAAAGUUAUACAAAAACCAACAACAAAUAUAAAAGUUAUGCCAAAUAAUAUUAAAAUUCCAACAAAUAUUAAAACUUUUACACAAGCACCAAAUAUUGAACUUGUAACACCAGUAUCAACACAAAAACCUUAUAGCAAUUUAUCAACAAGAAUGACUGCAGCAACUCAACAACCAUACAGUCCACCAAAAAUAGAACAAUUUUUAUUCUCAACAAAAACACCUUUAAUACAAAGUACAUUUAUAUCAAAUGUAACUUUAAUUUCAUCUACAGAAUCAACAUUAACUACUAUAUCAAAUAUCAAAAUUAGUCCAACGACAACUCCUAUAACAGUAUCUAGUACAACAAUAUCUCCAACAACAACAUCUCCAACAACAACAUUUACAACAAUGUCAUCUCCAAUAACAACAUUUUCUACAAAAAAACCUUCUACAACAGCAUCUAAUAUGGUAAUAUUAACAACAACAACAGAAAAAGAUGUUUCUACAACAUUAAAAACUACAUCAUCUAUAAAUUUUGUAACACCAAUUACAAUUACUUCAUCAAAUGUUUCAACAACUAAUUCAAUAAAAAAUAAUUUUGAAACUACUGAAAAAUCUUCAACAUUAAUAAAAGAAGAUUUAAAAGCUACAACUACAUAUUAUAGGCGUCCAAAUAAAAAAUUAACUACAAAACAAAAUAUUUCUUCAAUAUCAGAGAUAUCGAAAAUAGUUGAACCUAUUGAAGAAAGAAUUACUGAAUCAAUUAUUGAAUCAUCAACAAAAAUACCAUUAUCAAAAGAAACAACAAUAAAUAUUAUUAAAAAUAAAACAAUUACAUCUGAAGAACCAAUAAUUGAAUUAACAACAUCAUAUACAUCAUCAAAAAUUAAUCCAUGUCCUAAUGGAGAACCAUAUGGAUGGUCAGAAAAUUCUAAAUUUUCAACCUGUAGUUAUCUUUUACCAGAAAAUGGUGGAUGUCCAGAUAAUUAUUAUUGUCAUACUGGAGCUACCUUUUCUACAACAACAUGUUGUCCAUUAUUAGAAGAAGAAAUAAAUAUUUGUAAUUUACCUAGAACAACUGGUGAAGGUGAAAAUUUUUUACCACGUUGGUAUUAUGAUACACUUUCACAUUCAUGUAAACGAUUUAUUUUUAAAGGUCUUCGUGGAAAUGGUAAUAAUUUUAUGAAUCAAUAUGAUUGUGAAGUUACUUGUAUUGUUCCUAAUACACAAAAACCAAUUGAUAUUAUUAAUCCAUGUUCAUAUGGUGAACCUGGAAUAUUAAAUAAUGAUACAUUAUCAAGAAUACAAUGUACAGGACCAAAUGAUUUAAGGUGUCCUGUUAAUUAUUAUUGUCAUCUUGGAAUUUUACCAUCAGAAUCUGUAUGUUGUCCAAAAUUAAAUGAAGAAAUAUGUGAUCAACCAUUAUUAAUUGGAGAAGGAAAUGGUAUUUUGGAACGUUUUUAUUUUAAUAAAGAAAAACAAGAAUGUGAAAAAUUUAUAUUUAAUGGUUUAAAAUCAAAUGAAAAUAAUUUUCUAAGUAAAAAUGAAUGUGAAAGAAUAUGUAAAGCAUGGAUAUCACCUUGUCCUGAUUCAGGUGACACAAAACCACCACGUAAAAAUUGUAAUUCAUGUACUAAAGAUGAAUGGUGUCAUAUAGGAGAUACACCAUCAAAUACUGUUUGUUGUCCAAAUCCAGCUAAAGAUAUUUGUUCAGAACCAUUAAAAAUUGGUAAUGGUAAUGGUAAUGUUACAAGAUGGUAUGCUUAUGAAGAAAAUAAUAAAUGUGAAAGAAAAUGUAAAUCAUUUAAUUAUUCUGGAUCUGGUGGAUCACAAAAUAAUUUUUUAACAAAAGAAGAAUGUGAAUCUUUAUGUAAAAAAGAUUGCCCAAAUCCAUGUUCAUCAAGUGAGUUAUUACUUAAUUCAAAUGGAAAUCCUAGACAAUGUAAUCCAUCAUCUCCAUGUCCAUCAGGUUAUUGGUGUCAUGUUGGAGAAACUCAACAAUCAACGGUUUGUUGUUCUAGUGUAUCUAAUGUAUGUGAAUUACCUCUUAAUAUUGGUAUUGGUGAAAGUAAAUUAAAACGUUAUUAUUAUAACUCAUUAUUAAAAAAAUGUUUACCAUUUAAUUAUAAAGGAAUGUUAGGAAAUCAAAAUAUGUUUCUUACAGAAGAUGAUUGUAAAAUUAUAUGUCCUGUAUAUGAAAAUCCAUGUGCUAUUGAUUCACCAUUACUAACAUCUUCUAAAAGACCAAAAAUUUGUUCACCAUCAUCUAGAUGCCCAUCAACACAUUUUUGUCAUAUUGGUUCAAAUAAUACUGAUAAUUAUUGUUGUAGAAAAAAUGGAAAUCCAUGUGAACAAGAAUUAGAAGAAGGAUUAGGAAAUUUUUCAUUACCAAGAUUUUAUUAUGAUUUAUUAACAAGAACAUGUAAACCAUUUAUUUAUCUUGGAGGAAAAGGUAAUGCUAAUAAUUUUUUAAAUAAAAAUGAUUGUGAAAUUGUAUGUCCUGUAAUAAUUAAUCCAUGUAGUAUUGGUAAUCCUCUUACUGAUCCAAAUGGUGAUUCAGUUGUUUGUGGAGGCCAUGAUACAUGUCCAUCUGAUUAUUAUUGUCAUAUUGGAAGUUCACCUGAUACAACAAAUUGUUGUCCUAUAAUUGAAGGAAAUAUUUGUAAAAUGCCAUUACAGUUAGGUGAAGGUAAUGAAAAAUUAGAAAGAUGGUAUUAUAAUUCAAAAUUACAAAAAUGUAUUAAAUUUUAUUAUAAUGGAUUACAAGGUAAUCCAAAUAAUUUUUUAACAUUAAAUGAAUGUACUAAUACAUGUCAAGAUUCAAAUCCAUGUUUGAAUGGUGAACCAUUAAUUUCAUCAUUAAAUGAAAGAAUUACAUGUUCAUCAUAUAAUGGAAUUGAUACAUGUCCAUCUUCUCAUUUUUGUCAUCUUGGAGGAAGUAUAUCUGAUACAGUUUGUUGUCCACGUAUGACACAAGAUCCCUGUGAACAACCAUUAAAUGAUGGAGAAGGUAAUCGAAUGAUAAAUAGAUGGUAUUUUGAUACAGGAUUAAAUAAAUGUCUUCCAUUUAUUUAUGCUGGUUUAAAAGGAAAUGAAAAUAAUUUUCCCUCUAAAAAACAAUGUAAUUCUGCAUGUCCAGAAUAUAAAUAUUAUUGUCCACAUGGUCUUCCAAUAUUAUCAAGUGAUAAUGAAAAUCUUCCAUUAACAUGUUCUAUAGAUAAAGCUUGCCCAGAUGGAAGUAUAUGUCAUAUGAAUAUUGAAUUUAAUAUUGCUAUAUGUUGUGAAGAUCCUGUAUAUUUUUGUAAUGAAAAAAGAGAUCAUGGACCAUGUGAUGGAAAUGAAAUUCGUUAUGGAUAUGACUCUGAAACUGAUACAUGUAUAGAGUAUGAAUUUGGUGGAUGUGGUGGGACAUUAAAUAAUUUUCUUUCUCUUAAACGUUGUACAGAAGUUUGUUGUAAAAACACAAAAUAA